AUGUGCAAGCACAUCCUCAACGCGCAGGUCUCUAUCAGAUCACCGUGCUGUCGAAAAUGGUUUGACUGCGCCGAAUGCCACGCAGAACAAGAAAGUCAUCCUCUCCUCCAAAAGACAGAAAUGACAUUUGCCUGCAAAAAGUGCAAGAAGGCAUUCCGAAAAGACGCCGAAGAGUUCGAGGAGAGUGACGAGUACUGCCCACACUGCGACAACCACUUUGUCCUAGAGGCUAUAACACCGAAGCCGAUGCUGAAGGUCGAGGGAGAGGAUGCGCGAGUCGACAGUAGGAUGUUGAAGGAUGAUCGGAUUCGAGGGGAGGAGCAGAGGACAAUAUUUGAUGUGAAGGAGGCUCCGAAUAAGUUGGGCUGAGACCAUUGGG